AUGAAGCAGAUAUCAAUCAUCCUGUUUUUCUUUAUACUUCCUUUGGCAUUUGCUGAUCUACAAUUAGGAUUCUAUGCCUCUUCUUGUCGAAAAGCCGAGUCCAUCGUGCAUAAAGUUGUACAGAAGCGAUUCAAUCGCGACAAAUCCAUAACUGCAGCCUUGCUUCGCAUGCAUUUUCAUGAUUGUUUUGUUAGAGGUUGUGAUGCAUCCCUCCUCAUAGACCCAACCAAGAACAACACAUCAGAGAAACAAACAGGCGCGAACGCUAGUGUUAGAGGCUAUGAUCUAAUCGACGAUGUAAAGGAAGCAAUUGAAGCUACAUGUCCUUCAACAGUUUCAUGUUCCGACAUCAUAGCACUUGCUACACGAGAUGCCGUUGCCUUAUCAGGAGGACCAAAGUACAACGUUCCAACGGGAAGACGCGAUGGAUUAGUCUCCAAUAGUAUUGAUGCUAAUAUUCUACCGGGACCUAGCUCUCCUAUUCCACAGCUAACACAAUUUUUUGCUGCAAAAGGAAUUACGACCGAAGAAAUGGUGACCCUUUUGGGAGCACAUACUGUUGGUGUUGCUCAUUGCGGUUUCUUCGCAAAUUCUAUUGGUGACCCUGCAUUGAAUACUAAGCUUGUUAACUUGUGUAAAUCAAAUACUAAUGGUGCUGCAUUUUUGGAUCAGAAUACUUCUUUUGUUGUUGAUAAUGAAUUUUACAAGCAGAUUCUUCUUAAGAGAGGUAUAAUGCAGAUUGAUCAACAACUUGCUUUGGAUAAAUCUACAAGUACUUUUGUGUCUAAUUUUGCUUCAAAUGGUGACAAGUUUGUUAAGAGUUUUGCAAGUGCUAUGAUAAAGAUGGGAAAAGUUGGAGUUUUGGUUGGAAAAGAAGGAGAAAUUCGCAAGAACUGUAGGGUUUUCAACAAAAGAAAUUAG